AUGCAAUUGAAGUCCGAUCCUUUUGAUCUAUUAGAAGAUUCCUACGAAGGUGGUUCUUUGCAAACAUACACGAAUAACCAUACCACCAAAUCCUGGGCAAACGUUAUCCCUGACAAAUGCGGGUUAUAUGACCCAGAUUAUGAAAAGGAUGCCUGUGGUGUUGGUUUUGUUUCAAACAUCAAAGGUGAACAAUCCCACAAGAUCAUCUCAGAUGCUAAAUACCUUUUAGUAAAUAUGACCCAUAGAGGUGCUGUUUCCACCGAUGGGAAUGGGGAUGGUGCUGGUAUAUUGACAGGUAUUCCUCACGAAUUCAUGCAAAGAGAAUUCAAAUUGGAUUUGAAUAUUGACGUCCCUGAAAGAGGUCAUUAUGCUGUUGGUAACGUUUUUUUCCAAAAAGUUGAUCCAAACAGUGAGAAUUAUGAAGAAGCAAAAGAAAAUUUAGUCAAGAACAAGAAAAUCUUUGAAGAUUUGACUGAAAGUCUAAAUAUGAAAGUUUUAGGUUGGAGAAAAGUUCCUGUAGAUUCCACAAUCUUGGGUUCUGUUGCGUUAUCUCGUGAACCAACAAUCUUACAACCAAUGAUUGUCCCAUGUAAUAGUAAUAAUGAUAACGAAUUUAAUGAAAUAGAAUUUAAGACGAAUUUAUACAUCUUAAGAAAAGAAGUGUCAAAUACUAUUGGUAUUGAAAAUUGGUUCUAUGCUUGUUCUUUGAACAACAGAACUAUGGUUUACAAGGGUCAAUUAACCCCAUCCCAAGUUUACAACUAUUAUCCAGAUUUAACAAAUGCUUAUUUCAAAUCUCAUUUGGCCUUAGUUCAUUCUAGAUUUUCCACAAAUACUUUCCCAUCCUGGGAUAGAGCUCAACCUUUACGUUGGUUAGCACAUAAUGGUGAAAUUAAUACCUUAAGAGGUAACAAGAACUGGAUGCACGCAAGAGAAGGUUCUAUGACUUCUGACACUUUCAAAGAUAAAUUAGAAAAAUUAUACCCAAUCAUUGAAGAAGGUGGUUCAGAUUCUGCUGCUUUAGAUAAUGUCUUAGAAUUAUUAACCUUAAAUGGUAAUAUGAGUUUACCAGAAGCCGUUAUGAUGAUGGUUCCUGAAGCUUACCACAAAGAUAUGGAUUCCGAUUUGAAAGCUUGGUACGAUUGGGCAGCUUGUUUAAUGGAACCAUGGGAUGGUCCAGCUUUAUUAACUUUCACUGAUGGUAGAUACUGUGGUGCUGUAUUGGAUAGAAAUGGGUUAAGACCUUGUCGUUACUACAUCACUUCUGAUGAUAGAGUCAUUUGUGCUUCUGAAGUUGGUGUUAUUCCAAUUGAUGAUACUUUGGUAAUUGAAAAGGGUAAAUUGAAACCAGGUGAUUUAUUCUUAGCUGAUACUGAAACUGGUGAAUUAGUUGACACCAAGAAGCUGAAAUUAGAAAUUUCCAAGAAGAGAGACUUCAAAUCUUGGUUAUCUAAAGUUGUUAAAUUAGAGGACCUAUUGGAAAAGACAAAACCAUAUGUUGAUACUGAAUUCGUUCCAAAGGAUAGCGUCCCAUCUCUUAAGGUUCAACAAGAUCCACGUAUCUUGGCUAAUGGUUAUACACUUGAACAAGUCACACUAUUAUUAACCCCAAUGGCGUUGACUGGUAAGGAGGCAUUAGGUUCCAUGGGUAAUGACACUGCAUUGGCUUGUUUGAAUAGAGACCCUGUCUUAUUGUACGAUUACUUCAGACAAUUAUUUGCUCAAGUUACUAAUCCACCAAUUGAUCCAAUUCGUGAAGCUAACGUCAUGUCCUUAGAAUGUUUCGUCGGUCCACAAGGUAACUUAUUAGAAACACAUGCAUCUCAAUGUGAACGUUUAUUAUUGAAAUCUCCAAUCCUAUUUUGGAAUGAAUUCCAAGCUUUGAAGAAUAUCGAUAAGGCUUACCCAUCAUGGUCCACUGCUGAAAUCGAUAUUACAUUCCCUAAGUCAGACGGUUUAUUAGGUUACACUGCAACUAUCGACCGUAUUACCAAGGAAGCAACCGCUGCCGUCGAAUCUGGUAACAAAAUAUUGUUUAUCUCUGAUAGAAGAUUGGGCGAAGAUCGUGUCUCUAUUUCUUCUUUGAUUGCCGUGAGUACUAUCCACCAUCAUUUGAUUAGAAACAGAUCUCGUUCUCAAGUUGCAUUGAUCUUAGAAACUGCUGAAGCUAAAGAAAUUCACCAUUUCUGUACUUUACUUGGUUAUGGUUGUGAUGGUAUAUUCCCAUACUUGGUCAUGGAAACUUUAGUUAGAAUGAAUAGAGAAGGUUUGAUCCGUAACGUUGAUGACGAUGAUCAUGAAACUAGCGAUGAAACUUUAUUAGAGAAUUAUAAACAUGCUGUCGAUGCCGGUAUUCUUAAGGUUAUGUCUAAGAUGGGUAUCUCCACAUUGGCCUCCUAUAAAGGUGCUCAAAUUUUUGAAGCAUUAGGUCUAGACAACUCUGUUAUUGAUCUAUGUUUCACUGGUACUGCUUCUAGAAUUAAAGGUGUCACUUUUGAAUACAUAGCUCAAGACGCCUUUUCCUUCCAUGAACGUGGAUACCCAUCCAGAAUGUCCACAACUAGAUCAGCCGCUCUUCCAGAAGCUGGUGAAUAUCACUGGAGAGAUGGUGGUUACAAGCAUGUUAAUGAUCCAACAGCUAUUGCAUCCUUACAAGACUCUGUUAGAAAUAAAAAUGAUGCAUCCUGGGAAUUAUACGUUAAGACUGAAAUGGAAGCCAUUAAAGAUUGUACUCUAAGAGGUUUAUUAGAAUUAGAUUAUGAUAAUUCUACUGCUAUUCCAAUUGAACAAGUUGAACCAUGGACAGAAAUUGCUAGAAGAUUUGCCUCUGGUGCUAUGUCAUACGGUUCCAUUUCUAUGGAAGCUCAUUCUACUUUAGCUAUCGCUAUGAAUAGACUUGGUGCUAAAUCUAACUGUGGUGAAGGUGGUGAAGAUGCUGAACGUUCUCUUGUUUCCUCUAACGGAGACACCAUGAGAUCUGCCAUUAAGCAAGUUGCUUCUGCUAGAUUCGGUGUUACAUCUCAUUAUUUAUCUGAUGCAGAUGAAAUUCAAAUUAAGGUUGCCCAAGGUGCUAAACCUGGUGAAGGUGGUGAAUUACCAGCACACAAGGUUUCCAAGGAUAUUGCUAAGACUAGACACUCCACUCCAAAUGUUGGUUUGAUUUCUCCUCCGCCUCAUCAUGAUAUUUAUUCUAUUGAAGAUUUGAAGCAAUUGAUUUACGAUUUGAAAUGUGCUAACCCAAGAGCCGGUAUCUCAGUUAAAUUAGUGUCUGAAGUUGGUGUUGGUAUUGUCGCUUCUGGUGUCGCCAAGGCCAAGGCUGAUCUUAUCUUAGUGUCAGGUCACGAUGGUGGUACUGGUGCUGCUCGUUGGACUUCUGUUAGAUAUGCUGGUUUACCAUGGGAGUUAGGUUUAGCUGAAACUCAUCAAACUUUGGUUCUAAAUGAUUUAAGACGUAAUGUUGUUGUUCAAACUGAUGGUCAAUUAAGAACCGGUUUCGAUCUUGCUGUCGCCAUUUUAUUAGGUGCUGAAUCUUUCACUUUAGCUACCAUCCCAUUGAUUGUUAUGGGUUGUGUUAUGUUAAGAAGAUGUCACUUGAAUGUUUGUGCUACUGGUAUUGCUACUCAAGAUCCAUAUUUGAGAAAGAAGUUCCAAGGUCAACCAGAACAUGUUAUUAAUUUCUUCUACUAUUUAAUUAAUGACUUAAGAAUGAUUAUGGCCAAGUUAGGUUUCCGUACUGUGGAUGAAAUGGUUGGUCAUUCUGAAAAAUUGAGAAAGAGAGCUGAUGCUAACGCUAAGGCCUUCAACAUUGAUCUAUCACCAAUUUUAACACCAGCUCAUGAAAUUCGUCCAGGUGUUCCAACUAUCUUUUCUAAGAAACAAGAUAUGAAAUUACAUUCUCGUCUAGAUAAUAAAUUAAUUGAUGAAGCUGAAGUUACUUUAGAUCAUGGUUUACCUGUAAAGAUUGAUGCUCAAAUUAUUAACACAGAUCGUGCCCUAGGUGCCACCUUAUCUUACAGAGUUUCUAAGAAGUUUGGUGAAGAAGGUUUACCAAAGGAUACCAUCGUGGUUAACAUUACUGGUUCUGCUGGUCAAUCCUUCGGUGCGUUCUUGGCUCCUGGUAUUACAUUCAUCCUUGAUGGUGAUGCUAACGAUUAUGUUGGUAAGGGUUUAUCCGGUGGUAUCAUUGUUGUUAAGCCUCCAAAGCAUGCUAAGUUUAAGAGUGAUGAAAAUGUUAUUGUUGGUAACACUUGUUUAUAUGGUGCUACAUCAGGUACUAUGUUUGUUGCUGGUGGUGUUGGUGAAAGAUUUGGUGUUCGUAACUCAGGUGCUACCGUUGUCGUUGAAAGAGUUAAGGGUAACAAUGCCUUUGAAUAUAUGACUGGUGGUCGUGCUAUUGUUUUAUCUCAAUUAGAAUCCUUGAACGCCUUUUCUGGUGCUACUGGUGGUAUUGCUUACUGUUUGACCUCCGACUAUGAAGAUUUUGUUGGUAAGAUUAAUAGUGAAACUGUCAGUUUGGAAACUUUACAAGAUGCUGUGGAAAUUGCCUUCGUUAAGAGUUUAAUUCAAGAUCAUUACAAUUACACUAAAUCUGUUCUUGCUGAAAAGAUCUUGAACAAUUUCAACCAUUAUUUGAAGAAAUUUGUUAAGGUUAUUCCAAAUGAUUAUAAAAAGGUUCUUGAAAAGGAAGCUACUGAGAAGAGCCAUGCUAAGAAGCAAGCAGCUGAAGAUUAUUUGAAGAAAUUUAAAGCCCUAACCACUGGUCCAGACGCUUCCAUUGAUGCUACCAACGGUGAAAUUAAUGAUUUAAUGAAGUUGAACAAUAAGAAUAAGACUAUUACUUCUCAUAAAUCUACACUUGCUGAACCAGCCUUAGUUGAUUUAGAAGAUGCUGUGCCUGAUCCAAAACAAUUAGAGAAGGCUACUGAAAAGAUUGAGAAAUUACGUGGGUUCAUGAAAUACCAACGUCGUAACCAACCAUAUAGACCAGCCUCUACUAGAGUACAAGAUUGGAAGGAAUUUGUGAAACCAUUAUCCAAGAGAGAUGCUAAAUACCAGACUGCCAGAUGUAUGGAUUGUGGUACUCCAUUCUGUUCCUCUGACACAGGUUGUCCAUUAUCUAACGUUAUCCCCAAGUUUAACGAAUUGGUGUUCAAGAAUCAAUGGAAGUUGGCUCUCGAUAAAUUAUUGGAAACCAACAAUUAUCCUGAAUUUACCGGUAGAGUUUGUCCUGCACCAUGUGAAGGUGCUUGUACUCUAGGUAUUAGUGAAAACCCAGUUGGUAUUAAAUCCAUUGAAAGGAUCAUUAUUGACAAUGCAUUCAAAGAAGGAUGGAUUGUCCCAUGUCCACCCAAAACACGUACCGAUAAAACUAUUGCUAUCAUUGGUUCUGGCCCUGCAGGUAUGGCAUGCGCUGAUCAAUUGAAUAAGGCUGGUCAUAACGUUACCGUUUUUGAAAGAGCUGAUCGUUGUGGUGGGUUAUUAAUGUAUGGUAUUCCAAAUAUGAAAUUGGAGAAGAGUAUUGUUCAACGUCGUUUCGAUAUCUUGGAAGCUGAAGGUAUUAAAUUUGUUUGUAACAUAGAAAUUGGUAAAGAUAUUACUGUAGAACAAUUACAAGAACAAUUCGAUGCUGUUGUAUUUGCCAUUGGUUCUACCAUUCCAAGAGAUAUUAACAUUAAGGGCCGUGAAUUGAAGAAUAUUGAUUUUGCCAUGGAAUUGUUAGAAAGUAACACUAAGGCUUUAUUGAAUUCUGACUUGGAGACUGUACGUAAGGAAAUUGAAGGUAAGAAUGUUAUUGUCAUUGGUGGUGGUGACACUGGUAAUGAUUGUCUUGGUACUUCAGUGAGACAUGGUGCUAAAUCUGUCAUUAAUUUUGAAUUAUUGCCUCAACCACCUAAUGAACGUGCUAGGGAUAAUCCAUGGCCACAAUGGCCUCGUGUAAUGAGGGUUGAUUAUGGUCAUUCUGAAGUCAAAGAACAUUAUGGUAAUGAUCCACGUGAAUUCUGUAUCUAUGCCAAGGAAUUUAUUGGUAAUGAAGCAGGUGAAGUUUGUGCCAUUAAGACAGUUCGUGUAGAAUGGAAGAAAUCUGGUAGUGGUGUUUGGCAAAUGGUUGAAUUACCAAAUAGUGAAGAAACUUUUGAAUGUGAUCUUGUAUUGUUGUCUAUGGGGUUCAUUGGACCUGAAUUGAUUAAACAUGAAAAGAUUAUCAAGACCAGUAAAGGUACUAUUCAAACUGAUGAUGAUUCAUCCUAUCAUGUGGGUGAUAAUAUUUUCACCGCUGGUGAUUGUAGAAGAGGUCAAUCCUUAAUUGUUUGGGCUAUUCAAGAAGGUAGAAAAUGUGCUCAUUCCAUUGAUGUUCAUUUAAUGGGUACUACUAAAUUACCAAGUAAUGGUGGUAUUGUUAAGCGUGAUUUCAAUUUAUUGGAAGAACUAGCUGCUGAAGCUUAUGCUUAA